UACUGAACAAAAUCAGUUUUGAUACCAUAAAAUUUCCAAUUAAAAUCUAACUUACAAGAGCGUGGUGUACAUGUAUCUAAAAUCUAUGUCAAAUCUCAAAUGGCUAGCCUUCUAUCACGUUACUCCCCUUGAUUUCCGAGUCUCGGGGCACACUACCUGAAAUGGUGGACGAGAAAAACGAGGUGAGAUAACUCAGUAAGUAAAAUAUGGAUUGCCCUUAAUUAAACUUGUAGCAUGCCAACAAGUGCAAUCACGAAAAACGGAUACAGUACGGGCACGAAAUAGACGUCUCCUCUAUAGGUCAUGGCCAGCGUUUAUAAACCUCCCACUGGCGGGCACAUGAGUACUAGUGUAUAAUCCCCACUAGGAGGGCCACGAGCGAACCGGUUCUAUCACGAACAUGUCGACAUGUGCUAGCGUUUAUAAACCUCCCACUAGCGGGCACACGAAUAACAUGACCAUAUCGGAGACAAAACAGGCAGAAGUUAACAGGAAAAUCACAAUUCACAAUCACUUUCAAGUCACUUUCAGAUCAUCAGGACAAUCACUUAAAUUUCAAGUAGGCAUGCUCAAUUUAGUGAAAAGCAUAAAACAUUUCACUUCAAAUCAGUCAUACUUGUGUAAAACGGGUUUAGUCCCGCCACCACUUCAAAACAAAUCAAAACAUGCUUGAAAAGUCGAAGGGCGUUACCAUAAUUUUACUUACCUUAAUCACGCAGACAAAAGGCUUAAUCCAAGUGCUAGGAUCACAGGGCAAUCAAGGACCUAAUCACAGUAUUCCCGAGUUAAUAUCUAUGAAGAAAUUUCAUUCAUUUAU